GCGGCGCGUCACUAACCGGCGUGCAUGAAGUGUCAAAUUCUGUGAAUCGUUGGAACCCGGUAUAGGAAUAUUUUCAUUUUUUAUACGUAAUAAUGGUUGAAACAAACGAUAUUGAGUUAUCUGAGGCGGAAGCAGAACAAUACGAUCGUCAGAUUCGUCUCUGGGGUUUGGAAUCUCAGAAAAGGUUACGUGCCGCGAAAGUAUUAAUCAUCGGAAUAGCGGGCCUCGGCGCUGAAAUCGCUAAGAAUGUUAUUCUAUCUGGUGUCAAGAGUGUCUGUUUGUUAGACAACGAAAAGCUCAAGGAAAUAGAUCUUUAUUCUCAGUUUCUGGCACCGCCUGAUAAAAUAGGGGAGAAUAGAGCUGAGGCUUCGUUGACGAGAGCGAGGGCUUUGAACCCUAUGGUCGACAUAACAGCGGAAACCAAGUCCGUCGACAACUUGCCCGAUAGCUUCUUCACUGAAUUCGAUAUUGUUUGUGCAACGGGGCUAAAACAGGAACAACUUGAACGUAUAAACAACGCUUGUCGAGACAGCAAUAAGAAAUUCCUGUGUGGUGAUGUUUGGGGCAUGUACGGUUACAUGUUCGCUGAUCUUGUGGACCACGAAUAUUCCGAAGAAAUUGUACAGCAUAAAGCCCAGAAGCGAGGUCCCGACGACACGGAGAAGACGGCUGCGGAAACAUUUAGCAUAACUGUGAAACGCAGAGCAAUAUAUGUGCCCCUACAAAAUGCGUUAUCAGUUGAUUGGAUGAAACCUGAGAUGCGUUCAAGAUUACGCCGCGGCGAUCCUUCUUACUUUAUAAUGAAGAUCUUGCUACGUUUUAAGGAUGAGUAUAACAGAAACCCGGACCCUGCUAAGAGGAAAGAAGAUACUGCAAUACUCCUGCGCAUGAGAGAUGAACUUGUAAAGGAACUAUCUCUGCCUGCUGGGUUCAUAGUUGAUGCUCUACUUUUAGAUGUAUUUGGCACUAUGUCUGGUGCUGCAGCAGUCAUUGGUGGUGUGAUUGCCCAAGAGGUGGUGAAGGCUGUGAGCCAGAGAGAACCACCACACAACAACAUGUUCUUCUUCAACCCCGUCAAAUGUGUAGGGUUUGUUGAGUUGUAUGGUCAGUGAGUUUUACUAUUCCGAGUAAUGUUUAAGUGGUCUCAGUCUAAGUUUAAUAAUAAUAUACUAUUUAAGUACAAUA